AUGACGAAUCGGGCGCUGGAACUUCUCGACCUGCGAUCCCCGUCUCUCAUCCUAGACCUUGGUUGCGGCUCCGGACUUUCUGGUGAGAUCCUUUCCCAAGUACCUGCGGAGCACGGGGGGCCGCAUACCUGGGUUGGCAUGGACAUCUCUCCCAGCAUGCUGGAUGUUGCUCUCCAACGAGGUGUCGAAGGCGAUUUGUUUCUGGCCGACAUCGGUCAAGGAGUACCGUUCCGACCUGGUUCAUUUGACGCAGCCAUUAGCAUCAGUGCCAUCCAGUGGCUUUGCAAUGCAGAAACAAGCGACGUCAGUCCCGAGGGUCGUCUACGUCGGUUUUUCGAAGGCCUAUAUGCCAGUCUCCGGCGCGGAGGCCGUGCUGUCUGUCAAUUCUAUCCGAAAAAUGACGCGCAGCGAAGCAUGAUCAGUGCCGCGGCUAUCAGGGCUGGCUUUGGGGCCGGCAUUCUGGAAGAUGAUCCCGGAACUAAGAACAGUAAAUUGUAUCUUGUUUUGACAGUUGGCGGAGGCGGCUUGCAGGGCGAUAUCACAGGUGUCGUGCAUGACAUGGACGACGUCAAUGUUCUGGAUGCCAGAAAAAGGGCCACCGAGAACGGCAAGGCGCCAUCUUCCAGGAAAGGGGACAGGGCUUGGAUUAUGCGGAAAAAGGAGCAGAUGGCAAAGAAAGGCAAGGUCGUCAAAUCGAGUUCCAAAUACACUGGCAGGAAACGGCGGCCUGCAUUUUGA